GCUGCCGGGGGCGCUGCGCCGCGCCGGGGUUUUUUAUUUCCAAUUUCUGAUCGCAGCUGCAUUUCCCUCCCUCCGCCCCCCCGCGCCGAGGAGGAGCCCCGGCUUUAUGUGGUGCUGCCCGGGGAGCGCUCGGCGGCCGGGAAGUUCUUUGUGUCGCCGUCGCCUUACCCCUUUUUUUUUUUUUUUUUUUUUUUUUUUUUUUUUUUUUUUUGGUGUGUGUGUUUAAAUGUAUAACUUCAUGGGGCUGAACAGCACGGCCGUAGCUAUUCAGCCCAAUGUGUCCUGCACAUGCAACUGCAAAAGGUCUUUGUUCCAGAGCAUGGAGAUCAGCACUGAAUGUUUAGGUCGCACCUUUCCAGGUAAACUGGCGGAGUUGGAGUUUGUACAGAUAAUCAUAAUCGUGGUGGUGAUGAUGGUGAUGGUGGUGGUGAUCACGUGUCUGCUGAACCACUACAAACUCUCUGCGCGAUCCUUCAUCAGCCGGCACAGCCAGGGCAGGCGGCGAGACGAGAACCUCUCCUCAGAGGGAAGCCUGUGGCCUUCGGAGAGCACCGUGUCGGGGACCGGCAUAGCCGAGCAGAUCUACACCCCGCGGCCCAGCGAGCGCCUGGCAGUGCCCUCCUUCCUGCAGAGGGACCGCUUCAACCGCUUCCAGCCCACCUACCCGUACCUGCAGCACGAGAUCGACCUGCCGCCCACCAUCUCGCUGUCGGACGGCGAGGAGCCCCCGCCCUACCAGGGACCCUGCACGCUGCAGCUGCGCGACCCCGAGCAGCAGAUGGAGCUCAACAGGGAGUCGGUGCGAGCCCCCCCAAACAGAACCAUCUUCGACAGUGACUUGAUAGAUAACUCCGUGUUCGGGGGGCCGUGCCCCCCCAGCAGUAACUCUGGCAUCAGUGCCACCUGCUACGGCAGCAGCGGCAGGAUGGAGGGGCCGCCGCCGACCUACAGCGAGGUGAUCGGCCACUACCCCGGCUCCACCUUCUACCAGCACCAGCAGAACACCAACGGGAUGCCCCCCAUCCUGGAGGGCAGCAGACUCCAUCCCUCACAGAUCAAUGGCCUUGAGAGCACAACGACGACGACGACGACGACGACGGCGUGGAACAAAGAGAAAGAGAAACAAAAAGGGCACCCCUUUUAAAAAAAAAAAUAAAAAAAAAAAAAAGAAGAAAAAAAAA